CCCCUCCUCCCCGCCCCGCCCCCAAAACGCGCUAAAGGUGUGGAGGAGACGGCUUCUGCGCGGUAUAAUGGAACCGAGCCCAAGCCGUUAAACGGUUUAGAGAGAGACAGCGAGACAGACACACGAACACAGCUGCUGUGAGGGGAGGUUAACGGCGAAAUGGCGCAAACGGGUAGGAUCUGAACUUUAGGGUGGUGGUGGUGGGGGGCAGAGGGCAGGUGGGGGCGGUGGAGAUCCUCCGUUGAGGUUUAUCGUGCAGCCCCCGCAAUCUGACCGGCGAGACGAGGAACGGGAUCCCCGCUUUGCAUCGGCGCGUCAACGAGGUGGCCCACGGCAUGGCGCGCGGUGACAGUCGCUCGGGCACCUGGCAGGUGCUGCUGACCGUCUCGCUGGUCCUCAUCCCGCUGUCUGCGCACGGGAGGCAUUCACUGAUAAGGCAUCAUCAUCACCACCACAACCAAUCAUCUUUGAGCAAGGAGGCCCUGAACACCAGGAUGGUGCUCAGUGACGACUCGGCUGAGAGGGACCACCUGAUUGGCGCGGGGCUCGGGGCCAAACUCCCACUCGGCUCCACCAGACAUCACCAUAAACAUGCCCACCUAGACGUUGAAGAGGAGGACUCACCUGUGGGGGACGAGCUCACAGCCGGAGGGGCGGGUCCAGACCAGCCCGGAAACCCCAUGUCUGAUGACGUCAUCACCGUCGAGUUUCACAGCCCUGCGCCUGAUAUUGCGCCCUCUGAUGUCGCCCUGAAUUGGGCCAAAGCUCCCAAAGCCCAAAAACAAAAAGAUGGAAAACCAACAGAAUGGACUCUUUCAGACUUUUACGACUACCCGUCCCCUGACGACGAACUCUCGGCGCUGGACGCGACUCCAGAACUUGAGGACACGCCUUCAUUCCCACUUGAAAUGGAGGACGAAAAUCCACUCCUGGCUGGUGCUCCUGCCGCCCCUGCUGCCCCAGCUGCCCCUGAUGCCUCUGCUGCCCCUGCCGCUCCUGCCGCCCCUGCCGCCCCUGCUGCCCCUGCCGCUCCUGCCGCCCCUGCUGCCCCUGCUGCCCCUGCUGCUCCAGCCGCUCCUGUCGCUCCUGCCAACAGGAGGCCUAACAUGGACAGCGGGUCCUUCCUACCAGCUACUCUCAUGCCCGGGAUGGAGAUAGCGGACGGGUUCGGCUUUGCUGGCGCCAUGGGGGCCGACGGCUGCAGACUAGGCUUUGUGCGCUCUGGACCUGGGGUUUGUGUGUCUGAGUGUGACAGCCAACCCAAUUUCUGCUUCAACGGAGGAGUUUGCACUGUGGUGGCGGGAAUGGGAGCCUUCUGCAGGUGCAAUGUCCAGGACUACAUCUGGAACAAGGGCACACGCUGUGAUUGGGCGGUCACUGAGUUCCAGGUGAUGUGUGCGGUGGUGGGCGUGGCCUCCCUGGUGGUCAUCUUCCUCUUCAUGAUCAUCGUAUUCUUUGCCAAGAGUCUGCACCGCCUCAAGAGUGAGAAUAUACGCCUUCGCAAACGCAGUAAGUACCGCCUACAGAGCAGCGAGCCUCAGACAGACGGCCUCUCCGUUUCCACAACAGCCGACGGCUCGCAGCCAAACGUAAGAAAACUGUGCGACACCCCUCCGAUCGCUCCGCAAGCUCACACUCACAACCUGGCGUACUAUGACAACAUUAUCUGUCAGAGGCCAUCAACAACCAGCUAUACCUGGGAAUGUAAACCCAGAAACUCUUAUAAUCACUUCAAGGAUGAUCCUCAGAAGCAGGAAUACCCAGCCAAGCCCCCACAAGCCAAGGAAGAGGGGUCAAUGAAUAUCCUCAACUCGCAUUCCCCCAAACACGAGAACAACCGCCCGACCUCCGUCGCCCACGACCACGGCCACCACACCCCUAACAACACUGAGGAGAACGCCGAGGAUGGAGUCACCAUCGGCCUGGAAGUGCUCCUCCCCAAAGAGGCCAAGCUCCACUCCGAGACCAGCUCGCCUCUACAGUACGACGUCUUCCUGUACAAGGUUGCCAACAACGGAGACUCCGCCCCUCCCAGCCAAGCGCCCAACGCUCACAGUGCCAACUCCUACUGCUCUCACCCAAUACCUAAAUCGCCCAAAACACCCAAGACGCCCAGGUCCGCCAUGGUGCCUAAGUCGCCCAAAUCCCCCAAGUGCACCAAGGACCGACCACCUAAUAACAACGAACCCUCGCCCGGGAGGCGAUGCUCACCUCGCCGUCACCCGUCACCCGGACGCCACCCGUCACCCGGGCAUCACUCUACUCCUGGUGGAUAUCCUUCCCCCACCUGCCGCUUGUCCUCCCAUCACUCCCCCUCUAAAUACCAAUGCAUGCCCACCUCCUCCUCCUCCACCACCCCACCUGAGUUACGCAGACCCAGAGGUCGGUUGCAAUGCCCCGGCCCAGAGUGCUCUGGGACCGGGAGACAGUCCCGGAGUGGACACAUUCGUCCAUCACCCUCUACCCCUCACCUGACCCAACCUCCGCCAUCUCCAUCCAGGGUGAAGUACAGCCCGGUCAGCACCCGUUCUCUGCCACCACUCUCUUGACCUCUUUGAGCCUCAUGUAUUCACACACACACACACACACACACACACACACACAUCUGUCCUAAACUAAUCUGCUCAGCAACAUGUCCAUUGCGGCUCUAACUUUUUUAUUAGUGAUAAACAUAGAUUAUCCAUGCACCAUAUAUAUAUCUGCACCCUGUCUCCUCAUGCUCAUAGCUAGUGGAGUAUGUCAGCCGGCCUGCUCGAAGGAGCAAGAAAACUAAAACUCUGCAUAAACCACACUCCCUAAAACUCAGACAUGGAUGCACUGAAAUACACUUUCUCUCUCACACACACACACACACACACACAAAACACUGCGUACUUGCUGCAGCAAAACAUUCACAUUUGUAAAUAAUAAUAAAGCUCAGGGGACCGCUCACACAGGCACAAAAAUGAACCCCUACAUGUGAACACGCUCUCCUAGCAUGGUGCCAACGUCCGCGACCGGUGAAAAUGAUGUUCAUUAAUAGCCUUAGUAUUAUCAAAGCUCUGUAUACAUCUUUUGCUAUUCAAUGUUAACAAUUACGUCAUGUUUUCACAGGCUUUUUUGUAUGUUUUUCAUGUUUCUAAUCCUCAAUAAAUACACAAAACAACA